CCUAUUGUCGCAGGUCGAGGUCAGGGCCAAAAUCGUAGGCGGAUAACUAAAAAAAAUAAAAAUAAAGAUAUAGAUGUUAAUCAAAUUGAAUGUUUGCCACCAGCAAGUACAGAAAAUCUUAUCAAAAAGGUCCGCGCAGCUAUAUACCUCUCCUUGGAUAAACUCUGGGAAAUGCUGAAUGAAACAUCAUUAAUUGCAACAGUUUUAGAUCCUCGUAUGAAAAAUUUUUCUUUUGCAAAUAGUCAUGAUUGUAUACAACAGCGAACACAAGCAGAGUUUCUUCUAAGAAUCCUGUACAAUCAACUCAAGAAAGAUUCAGUGAAUAGUGAAAAUAUUGAAGAGCAUAUUUCAACUGCAGUGAAUUUGAAUGAUAAUAAUACUGAAGACGUAUUUACAAAAAUAUGA